AUGGCGGAUCAACUGAGAUACGACGGCCAGGUUGUCGUCGUUACAGGCGCUGGCGGUGGUCUUGGUAAGGCUUAUGCCACCUUUUUCGGAUCCCGCGGUGCCAGCGUUGUCGUCAACGACCUCGGCGUUUCCUCCAAGGGCGAGGGAACCUCUUCAAAGGCUGCCGAUGUCGUCGUCAACGAGAUCAAGGCCGCCGGCGGAAAGGCCGUCGCCAACUACGACUCGGUCGAGAACGGCGAGCGCAUCAUCGAGACUGCCAUCAAUGCUUUCGGCCGAAUCGAUAUCCUCAUCAACAAUGCCGGUAUCCUACGAGAUAUCAGCUUCAAGAACAUUAAGGAUGAGGACUGGGACCUUAUCAUGAAGGUCCACGUCAAGGGUUCCUACAAGUGCGCCCGCGCCGCCUGGCCUCAUUUCCGCAAGCAAAAGUAUGGCCGUGUCAUCAACACAGCCUCUGCUGCUGGUCUAUUUGGCAACUUUGGUCAGACAAACUACUCUGCUGCCAAGCUUGCUAUGGUUGGCUUCACCGAGACUUUGGCCAAGGAGGGUGCCAAGUACAACAUUCUAUGCAACGUCAUUGCGCCCGUUGCUGCCAGCCGAAUGACCGAGACCAUCAUGCCUCCUGAUGUUCUCGCCAGCCUGAAGCCCGAGUGGGUGGUGCCUCUGGUUGCCGUCCUGGUUCACAAGAACAACACCCAGGAGACUGGUGGUAUCUUUGAGAUUGGCGGUGGACACGCUGCCAAGCUCCGAUGGGAGCGAUCCAGUGGACUGCUCCUCAAGGCUGAUGAGUCUUAUACACCUGGAGCCAUCAUCAAGAACUGGAACAAGGUUGUUGACUACUCCAACCCCCAGUAUCCUACCGGUCCCAACGAUUUCCUCACACUGCUUGAGGAUUCCAUGAAGAUGGGUCCUGCUGAGCAGGGUGAGACCCUCGACUUUACCGGCCGAGUUGCCCUCGUGACCGGUGGUGGUGCUGGUAUCGGACGAGCUUACGCUCUGGCCUUUGCCAAGUAUGGUGCCUCUGUCGUGGUCAACGAUCUCGUCAACCCUGACACUGUGGUUGAGGAGAUUAAGAAGCUCGGCGGUAAGGCUGUCGGUGUCAAGGCUUCGGCUGAGGACGGUGAGGCUGUCGUCAAGGGCGCCAUUGAUGCCUUUGGCCGCGUUGAUAUUGUUGUCAACAACGCUGGUAUCCUCCGAGACAAGGCCUUUUCCAACAUGAACGACGAUCUCUGGGAUCCUGUGAUGAAUGUUCACCUUCGUGGCACCUACAAGGUCACCAAGGCUGCUUGGCCUUACUUCCUUAAGCAGAAGUAUGGUCGUGUGCUGAACACUACUUCGACCAGUGGUAUCUAUGGCAACUUUGGCCAGGCCAACUAUGCUGCGGCGAAAUGCGGUAUUCUCGGUUUCUCGCGAGCCCUCGCUCUUGAGGGUUUCAAGUAUGGCAUCUAUGUCAACACUAUUGCUCCCAACGCCGGUACCGCCAUGACUGCUACCAUUAUGCCCGAGGAGAUGGUCCAGGCCUUUAAACCCGACUACAUUGCUCCUCUCGUUCUUGCCCUGUGCAGCGACAAGUGCCCCGAACCUACUGGUGGUCUCUACGAGGUUGGCAGCGGUUGGUGCGGUCAGACUCGAUGGCAGCGAACUGGUGGCUACGGCUUCCCCGUUGACGUUCCUCUUGUGCCUGAGGAGGUUGCCAAGCACUGGAAGGAGAUUGUCACCUUUGACGGCCGGGCAGACCACCCCUCCAAGAGCUCGGACUCGAUUGGCAAGAUCAUGGCCAACCUGGAGAACCGAAGCAAGGGUAAGGAGGGUGAGAGCGAGCACCUCAAGAUUAUCAACGAGACCCUCAAGAAGGAGGGUAACCCCACCGAGUACAAGUAUGAGGAGCGAGAUGUCAUUCUCUACAACCUCGGUGUUGGUGCUAAGCGCACCGACUUGAAAUAUGUCUUUGAGGGCGACGAGAACUUCCAAGUCAUUCCCACCUUUGGUGUCAUUCCUCCUUUCAACGCCGAGAUGCCUUUUGACUUUGACACCAUUGUUCCCAACUUUUCGCCCAUGAUGCUUCUCCACGGAGAGCAGUAUCUUGAGGUUCGCAAGUACCCUAUCCCCACAAAUGCCCGCCUUGUCACCCGAGGUCGCCUCCUCGAGGUUAUCGACAAGGGCAGUGCCGCCAUUGCCAGGACUUCGACUACUACUGUUGAUGCUGCUACUGGCGAGGAGAUCUUUUACAACGAGAGCAACAUUUUCCUCCGUGGAUGCGGUGGCUUUGGCGGCCCUAAGCGUGGCAAGGACCGUGGUGCUUCUACUGCUGCCAACAAGCCUCCUGCUCGGGCACCUGAUGUUGUUGUCGAGGAGGCUACCAGCGAUGACCAAGCAGCCAUUUACCGCCUCAGCGGCGACUACAACCCUCUUCACAUCGACCCUGCCUUUGCCAAGGUUGGUGGUUUCAAGGCUCCCAUCCUCCACGGCCUUUGCUUCUUUGGCAUUGCCGGAAAGGCUGUCUACGAGCGCUUUGGUGAAUUCAAGAACAUCAAGGUCCGCUUCGCCGGUAGUGUCAUUCCCGGCCAGACUCUGGUGACUGAGAUGUGGCGCGACGGUAACAAGAUUACCUUCCAGACCAAGGUCAAGGAGACGGGCAAGCUCGCCAUCGCAGGUGCUGCGGCAGAGCUGGUGGAGGCGCCAAAGAGCAAGAUCUAA